AUGCGGCCCAGGGACCAAAUCGGUCCCCCAAGGGUCCGGUCUGGUCUGGUCCAGGCCAGUCUGGUCCAGGCCAGUCUGGUCCGGUCCGGUCCGGCCCGUCAGUGGGGUCAGUGUGUCGGUGCAGAAUGUGGUUCCGGUGGCUUUCAGACCAGAACCAUAUGGUGCGUCCACUCAGAGGGUUGGACCACCCACCACUCUCGUUGCCAGCACAUGCUCAAACCUGAAGGCCGCCGUCGCUGCUUUAAGGUGUGUGAGUGGCACCAGGACCUGUUUGAGUGGGAGCUGUCGGACUGGGGGGCCUGCCUUCUGCUCCCCUUCUUUUCCAACGAGCUCCAGCUGAGGACGGCCGAGUGCGUCACGGCGCAGCACGGCAUCCAGAGGCGGAGAGUCCACUGCGUGCGCGCCUCCAACCGGACGGCGGUCACCUCCAGGAUCUGCGAGUUCUUCUCUCAGAGACCCCCCCUGGAGCAGGCCUGCCUCAUCCCCUGCCCGCAGGACUGCGUGGUCUCGGACUUUACGUCCUGGUCCGGCUGCAGCAGAACCUGCGGCGCCGGAACGCAGCAUCGGACUCGACACGUGUUAGCCACGCCCAUGUACGGAGGGGCCGACUGCCCCAACCUGACGGAAACCAGGACCUGCGCUCACCCUGCGGACUGCCCCGUGGGGGAGGGGCAGUUCCAGUACAGCCUUAAAGCCGGGGCCUGGACCCCCUGCAGACUCCCCCACCAGAAGGAGGCCCUGCUGAGUGGGCGCACCACCGUGGACUUCAGCUCCAGCUCACAGGAGAACAACACUGUGCUGCUCCACGCACACGCCUCCCAACAACAACACCAACACCAGAACCAGAACCAACACCAGAACCAACACCAGAACCAACACCAGAACCAACACCAACAAACCAACACCAGAACCAACGCCAACACCAGAACCAACACCAGAACCAACAACCAACACCAACACCACCAUCAUCACCAUCCUCAUCCUUUAGGCCAAAACAAGUACCCCAUGUCAUGGGAACUGGAGGUGGGAUACCAGACCCGACAAGUCCGAUGCACACGGAGCGACGGCAAGAACGUCAUGUUGAGUCUGUGUACCAAGGACAGCUCCCCCUUGACCUUCCAGACGUGUGUGAUGCCCAAAGACUGUCAGACGUCUGAUUGGUCGCCGUGGAGUCCCUGCUCUAAAACCUGCCGCUCCACCGACCUGUCUCCUGGUUACCGCGUCCGGUCACGGAUCAUGACCCAGAUCCCUGUCGGUGGGGGGAAACGAUGCCCUCCCCGGGAGGAAAAAGAAGCCUGCAACAUUCUGGGAGAUUUACUUCCCAGCUGCCCCAGGUACCAGUGGAGGACCACCGACUGGGGAGAGUGUCGCGUCUCCCCCUUACUGAGCCAACAGGACCGGCGGCUGGCAAACAUCAGUAUUUUGUGUGGGGGGGGAGUCCAGACCAGGAAGACCUACUGUGUUCAGAUCCCUGAUGACUCAGCACCACAUCACAGGAAGGAGGUUUCCAGACCUGUGGAUGCCAGACUGUGCGCCGCCGCCGCUGAACCGCCUCCGUCGUCCGUCCGCGGCUGCUCCGUCCCCUGCCGGCAUCACUGUCUGCUGUCUGCGUGGUCACACUGGGGCCCAUGUGUGCACGAAAACUGCAAAGAACCGCAGGGGAAGAAAGGUUUCCGGCUAAGGAGACGGCAGGUGUUAUGGGUGUCCAGCAGUCCUCCACAGACCUGCCCCCAUCUGGUGGAGUCCGUCCCCUGUGAGGAGCCGGUCUGUUACCAGUGGCAUGUGGAGGAGCUCCCAUGUGUUCCAGCCCAAAGCCCCUGUGGUCCAGGAAGGGCAGUCCACAACCUGACCUGUGUGGACUCUGAAGAUCAGUGGGAGUCUUUCAGAAAAGGUUUGACAGGGAAGGAGUCAGAGGAAGGGGAGGGAGACGUGACUUCCAGUAUCUGCAGGGAUGAGCUGAGGGCUUCCAAUAGUCUGAUGUGCUGUCAUAAACACAACACAAAGCCCACCUUCUGA